AUGCUGACGGAGAUCUUCGCCGUGGCUGGUCCCGUGCAGCACGUGAAGAUUAUUCCUGACCGCAACUACCAGCACGGCGGUCUUAACUACGGCUUUGUCGAGUACAUGGACAUGCGCGCAGCGGAGACGGCCUUGCAGACUCUCAACGGGCGCAAGAUCUUUGACACAGAGAUUCGCGUCAACUGGGCUUAUCAGGGCCAGCAGAACAAGGAGGACACGAGUAACCACUACCACGUCUUCGUCGGUGACCUCAGCCCUGAAGUCAACGACGACGUGCUGGCAAAGGCAUUCAGCGCCUUUGGUACGCUCUCGGACGCGCGCGUCAUGUGGGACAUGAACUCGGGCAAGUCUCGCGGUUAUGGUUUCCUCGCUUUCCGAGACAAGACCGAUGCUGAGCAGGCGAUUGCCACCAUGAACGGCGAAUGGCUCGGCUCGCGCGCGAUCCGCGUCAACUGGGCCAACCAGAAGACGCAAGGCGCUCCUCCCGCUGGUCCGCCGCGCACCGGCAUGGGCGGAGGUGCGCCCGCACCGAUGAACUUCCAGGGUGGCCCGCUCUCGUACGAGUCCGUUGUGCAGCAGACCCCUGCGUACAACACCACCGUCUACGUCGGCAACCUGGUCCCUUACGCCACUCAGGCCGACCUCAUCCCCCUGUUCCAGUCGAUCGGUUACCUCUCGGAGAUCCGCAUGCAGGCCGACCGUGGCUUCGCAUUCGUCAAGCUCGAUACUCAUGAGCAUGCUGCUAUGGCCAUCGUUCAGCUGCAGGGCCAGAUGGUUCACGGCCGCCCGAUCAAGUGCAGCUGGGGGAAGGACAGGGAUAGUGGUGCUGCGCUCAGCUCGGGUUCUCUGAGCCCGACGCCCACUGCAGCUCCCUACGCCAAUGUGCCCAUGUAUGGUAUGCCCCAACCCAAUACGUACGGUCAGUACGGGUUCGGCGCCUACGGUGGCUUCCCCAACCAACCCGCCGCUGGUACGUCCGGCGCCGCGGCCCCUGGUAUGGGAAGCCCUGUCGCGCCUUCGGCAAUGGGUCUUGGUGCUGCCCAAUCGCCUGUGGACCCUACUGCUGCCGCCCAAGCUGCGCAGGGUCAGUGGGGUGGCGCAGAUCCUAGUUCUUAUUACUCGAAUUAUUGGGGAGGUUAUUAUGGCCAGCAAGCCCCCGGAGCGGCUGCGCCCGAUGCUCAGGGUUAG